CUUAAGAUGUCUUUCAUUGGAUGUCGCGGUCGAAAUUAAGCUUAAACAUUUUACAAGGUGUUAAUCAAAUGAUUAUUUUUAUCCGUGACAACCGAGCUACAUUCCAGAAAGUUAUGCACAAUACUUGGCAGGGUUCCGUGCUGGAGCUGCUAUGCCAUGGUAAAUAAUAGGAAGCACAAAAUUUGGUCUCCCUGUUGUUAAUAUCAAAAUAAGUGAACGCAAACUGGAUUCUUCCACCGAAAGUGUGGUUCAUUCGGACCCAGGUAGAAAUGCUUCGCUGUCCAUAACCGAGUCAAAACAAGUGGCCAGCAUUGCUGUGGCGCUUACGAACUCUAUUGUGAAGAAAGCGACAAAGAUCGCUGACGAACAGGAGGCUGAUGAACGAAGGCUGAGAGCCAUAGCGUCCAUAAGCACAGCUGGCAAGGCGCCCAUGGGAAGACGGUCGCUGACUGGCGAAGAUCCCUCAGCGGCUCCGGAGACGUCAGAGGAUCCGAGCAAUGGCGCGACACCUGCCACCGACAUCGACGGCGAGGGGAGUCCACCAGCUGAAGGCGAAGCCGAAAGGAAGGCGUCUGUCGGUUCGGCAUCGGCUAGCGGGGGUACGGUCAGACCAGCGUCAGCCAGCAAGGGCUCGGUCGGAUCGACGUCAGCCAGCAGAGACACAGUUGGACCAGCGUCAGCCAGCAAGGGCUCAGUCGGUUCGGCGUCAGCCAGCAGAGGCACAGUUGGAUCAGCGUCAGCCAGCAAGGGCUCAGUCGGUUCGGCGUCAGCCAGCAGAGGCACAGUUGGAUCAGCAUCAGCCAGCAAGGGCUCAGUCGGUUCGGCGUCAGCCAGCAGAGGCACAGUUGGAUCAGCAUCAGCCAGCCGGGGCUCAGUCGGUUCGGCGUCAGCCAGCAGAGGCACAGUUGGAUCAGCAUCAGCCAGCCGGGGCUCAGUUGGCGCAGCAUCAGCCAGCCGGGGUACAAUCGGUGCAGCAUCAGGCAGCCGGGGUUCAGUUGGCGCUACAACAGCUAGCCGAGGUUCGGUUGGCGCGACAUCAGCAAGCAGGCGAUCACUUGGUGCAUCAACCAGUGGCGAUACAGCCGGUCGCAUGUCAGCCAGUCUGGGCACAAUCGAUGAAAAAAGGGACCCCAACGCGGAAGACCCGGUGACAGGUGACGAUGAGCGCCGUGCAAGCAUAAAUCAAGACCAUGAUGAGGCGACUGAUGCUUUUUCAGAAACGUCGGAGCCCAGCCCUGAUGAUGGGGCUGCCAUUGACGCUCAUGCUACGCCCGAGAACGGAGACCACGAACAAGGAUCGGACCUGGCUGACAGCGAUCUGCCGUCCGGGGAUGAGGACGGAGAGCCGCAACACUCGGGCGAGGACAGCCUCGGAGCCGACGAGGGUCCUCUAAAGCCCACUGAGGAUGGAGACACGGGUCCGGAUGAGCCGGGUCCGGUGUCCAGUGAUGCCGCAGGUCCCGUUCUGCCCGGUGGAGGCGUCGACUCACGCACCUCUCGCGGCGCGCCCGGCUCCGCCGACGCUGCGGCCGCCGCUGCUGCCGUCGGCCGAGAUGACAAGCCGUACGAGGCGGACACCGACACGGACGCCUCGCCCGACUCCGGCCCCGCCCCGCCGGCGAGCGGCGCUGCCCCUGCCAUUGUCAUCGACGGCGAGACUGGCACUGGCGACGACUCGCAGGAGACGGAGACAAGCGAGGCGGCCGGGUCUGACGCCGAGGACCAGCGCGAGUCCAAGCCUAUCAAGGACUCGCUGAUCGUCGGCAAUGAGGACGUGUUCACCUGGCUGCGUCGCGUGUCGACUCAGAUGGACGAGAUGGGCAUCACGGACGCGCUGAAGCAGAAGUACGGCGAGAGCACCGCCAAGGUCGUCUACGACAACCCGGCGGACGUGGCACCCGCCGAGGUCCCCGACAUCACGAUCUCGGAGUCGUCGAUCGCCUCGGCGGGCCAGCAGACGCCGGCCAAGCGACAGUCGGGCACACAGACGGCCGCCGCUCAAGGGUGGGCGGAGAAUCUGGGCGCGGCGCGGCAGCCGCCGGUGCAGUACGACGGCCAUGAUGUCAUUGGAGGGACGGAUCCCAGGUGGCGCGGUGGGGAGCCGGACUGGACUGGCGGAGCGGGCAGAGACGAGGGCGGGGCUCGUGGACGCGGCAGCGACCGAGAUGGUCGACAGUUCAGGGAGGGUCAACGGCACGGGGAGGGUCAGCAGUAUUGGGAAGGCCUGGGCGGUGCCGGCUAUAGAGACGAGCACGCGGGGAAAGACCCCUGGGACGGCAGAGGCGGCCAGGAUUAUGGCGAUCAACGGGUCGACGGGGGCUACAGGGACGACCGAGGCUACAGAGACGAUCACGGUGGGGGAGGCCCUAGAGACGGCAAAGGCAUCGACAGCUACCGGGACGGCAGGGACCGCAGUCGCGGCCGGCAGGAGAGGGACCGCAGGGACGGACCGGACCGAGACGACGACGCCGCGCCCUGUGGCCGCUGUCGCUGCUGCAUCGCCAUGAGGCGCGCCGUCUCCGGCGCCGAGGAGACGCCGGAGGCCAGCAGCGUCUCGCAGCAGUCCGAGCAGGAGCCGGAGCCGGAGCCGGGGCCGGAGCCGGAGCCGAAGCAGAAGCAGCCCAAGAAGCGCAUCUCCUAUGGUGACCUGCUUGAUGACGAGCUCUCCUCCAUGACGGUCAGCACGGGCACGUUCCCCUCCUGCGAGGACGAGCAGCGGCCGCGCAACUCGCGCCAGUGGCUCAGGGGCGUCGCCGACGAGUUCAUGCGCACGCAGUGCCUGCGCCAGCUGGUGAUGAAGAACGACUUGGUGGAGCCGGGCCGCGUGCGCAGCAAGAUGACGCGCGUGUUCCGCUGCCCCAAGCCGCCGCUGCCGCCGCUGGAGUGCCCGCAGCUGGACGCGGCGCGAGGCGACAGGAAACGCGUGCGGCGCGCCGACAGGGGCGAAGACGUGGGAGUCUGCUCGCCGCGGGUGUGUAGCACGCGCUACAGGAAGCCGCCGGCGGUCAGCCCCAUCUGCCUGCCCACACGGCUGAUCGACGGCAGUCAGCUGACCUGUGAUCCGACCCGACAGUUCAUCGACACGUAUCUCGAUAAGAGCCCGCGCAAAAAGGCGGGCAAACGAAAGGGCUCUGCGAAGACCAAGAAACUUAUCACGAUCAGCACCAACGUGAAAGCAUAGGAAAAUGCCGCACGUUGGAGACUGACCUGACACUAGCUACCUAUGCGCUGACGGCAGUCUUGGUUAAAACUGCACGUGGGGUUCGAAACACGAAACGACUGCACAUGGGGCACGAAAGUCGCUAUGCAUCGGGCAAGGUUGGCGGACGACCAUCGGCCUUGAUGUUAUCGUGGGAAUAAACACAAAAUACAGGGGUGCAAAGGCAUAGCCCUGGGUUGGCAAUAACGUAAAACAUGCCGGGGCUGAGCAUAAAUGAACCAAGAACACGAUGCGCACUGCGUAUGAUGCAAAGCGCGGUGCUCUGCGCUCGAGCAUAUACCGGUCAUGCCCUCAAGCCCAAACUACCCCGAGUUAUUCGUGUUCAGUGGUUGAUCAUAUCCAUAAGGCAACUGGCGCUUAAUGGGUAGCUGAAAUGGGCUUGAGUUAACAAUAAAAAUACACAGAUAAAUGCGA